UUGUUCAACAAAUUGAUACGCGAUGCAGAUCAAGAAGCAGGGGGGAAAUGAUUUGAAACUUGUUUUGCUGAAACCAAGUACGGACAAUUGUACCCACAAAAAAGAGGGUUCUUUAGAUGGCCUUGAUAUGGCUAAUAGACUUUUUCAAGUAUUGCAUAGAUGGGUUUAAAACAUGCUCUGUGAAGCUGCUUUUCCUCUCUCUCUCUCUCUCUCUCUCUCUCAUUGAUAAAUCACAGUUCUUUGACUUGCAAGUGGUUUGCCUUAAAAAGUGAAUACAAAAUCUCGAUAUAGUUUGUGAAAAAUGCAAAAUCAUAGGGCCGUUGGUAGGCCUUUAGUUUAUUAUUUCCUUUUUCCACUAUUUUGACGAUGAAAAUAGCAAAUGGUGUUUGGUUGUUCAUUUUUCAUUUUUUAAAAUUUUGAAAAUAAUGAGUUCCAUUUAGCAUUCAUUUUUCCCUUCUCUCACCAAUUCGCCUUUGAAAAUCCGACAUGGUUGGAAUGUUAUAAGAGUGGUCAUAUUGGAUUGUUACCAUCUAGUGUUGAUUUUUAAAAAGAAAGUUUUUAAUGAUAUUAUUUUUUUUUUUAUUUGUAGACGUUAAUAAGAGCAGGAGAGUAUUUUAUUUUUUGGGAGAAAGUUAAAAACAAAAUAAAAUAAAAAAUAAAUACGGCACGACACCUUUUACCCAGAAAAAGAAAAUAUAAUCUUACAAAUUGCAAGAGAAACUAUAAUCCAUUAAAAAUUUGUUUUAUAAAGAUCCUACUUGGAGGGACAUGGUACUGAACCCAAUGGCCCUAAAAGCAGAACCCACAAUGCUUUCUGUUGACUGGCGGCGGCUGGGGUGCCCUUCAUCCUCCUGGGAGAAGAGAGAGAAAAAGCAGAGGAAAAGGAUGGGAGGAAAGUGGAGCCAACUGGCAGUUACUUUCAUUAGCAUUGCCUGGAAAUGGCAGAAGAAUCGCGUUCUUUGGAGUAUACUCCAACGUGGGUAGUUGCUGUUGUUUGCUGUGUCAUUGUCUUCAUCUCUCUAGUUGUUGAGAGAGGCCUUCACCGGCUUGGAAAGUUUUUGAAGCAACACAAUCAGGAUGCUUUAUUUGAGGCCUUGCAGAAGUUGAAAGAAGAAUUGAUGCUGUUGGGAUUUAUUUCCCUUCUAUUAACAGUCUCCCAAGGCCUAAUAAGCCACAUGUGCAUCCCUAUUGAUCUCGCCUCUCACAUGCUUCCAUGCGAGUUGAAAACUGCUGCCCAUGGCCCUGGGAAUGAACAUGAACUGUAUUUCCAGCACACCACGACACAUGGAAGGCGGCUUUUGGCAGGGAGUACUGGUUCUGACCAUUGUUCACGCAAGGGAAAGAUUCCACUGUUAUCCUUAGAAGCAUUGCACCACCUGCACAUCUUCAUCUUUGUAUUAGCAGUUGUUCACAUGUUUUUUUGCGCAACGACGAUGGUCCUUGGAGGGGCAAGGAUACGUCAGUGGAAGUUCUGGGAGGAUUCAAUUAGAAGAGAGAUAACCGAAACACACACUGCUCACACACGAUCACACGUUCGCCAUCAUCAUCUGUUCAUCCAACGCACAUAUGGACAUUGGAGAAAGUAUGCGGUUGUGAGUUGGAUGAUGUCAUUCUUCAAACAGUUCUACAACUCAAUCUCAAAGUCAGACUACAUUGCGCUUCGAACAGGGUUCAUAAAGGCGCAUUGCCCUUCAAUGCCUGAAUUUGAUUUUCACGAGUACAUGUUGCGGACGCUAGAGAUUGACUUCAAAACUGUAGUUAGCAUAAGCUGGUACUUGUGGCUUUUCGUCGUGGUCUUUCUGCUAAUUAACAUCGAAGGCUGGCAUGCAUAUUUCUGGAUGUCUUUUCUGCCCUUAGUACUGCUGCUUCUUGUUGGUGCCAAGUUAGAAGUUGUAAUUAUGCGCUUAGCUGAAGAUUUUGCAGAAGAAAUCAAGCAAAACGACCAUGAAGCACAAUCAGUGCACCCUUCUGAUAAAUAUUUUUGGUUUCAGAAACCCCAGCUUGUUCUUUAUCUGAUCCACUUCAUUCUGUUCCAGAAUUCAUUCGAACUCGCAUUCCUCUUCUGGAUCUUGACCACAUACGGAUUUCAUUCGUGCAUUAUGGAGAAACUAGGCUUCCUCAUCCCAAGGCUUAUCGUAGGGGUGAUUGUUCAAGUGCUCUGCAGUUACAGCACCUUGCCUUUGUAUGCCAUUGUCACUCAGAUGGGUAGCGGGUUCAAAGAAGGCUUCUUCAAGGAACACUUUCGAGAACUUUUUCAUCUAUGGGUAGGAGAAGGAAGGGGAGGAAGAGCGGAGAAUCACUCAUCCCAGACUGUCAGAAUGGAAGACGAUCGAAUUAUUGAACAAACAGCUCUUGAUCAAGUAACCACCGCAUCAGUGAUUGAGCUUUCUUGUCCUAAGCAAACUCAAACAUCAUCUCCUUAAGCCAGCUGAAUUGUCUUGCUGAUUGUCAAUGGCAAUCAUGUACAGAAGAAUAAGAUUCUUCUUCUUCAAGAUUACAGAAGAAGACAUGGUUAAUCUGUUCCAUGAUCUAACCAUUUGUUAAUGAAGUGCCAUGCUCUCUUCUUCUUCUUCUUCUUCUUUCCCCACAAUAGUCUCAAAAAUCCAUCUUUGUUGGUGGCUUAUCACUAAAUGAGGAAAAGGAUGGUUGAGAAAUUGGGUGAAAUCAUCCUGCAAAAGAACAUUUAAAUUGUAAAAAAUAAAGGAAAGGUUAGUCUAAAUACGAUCUUCUCCGCG